AUGGGACCUUCAACGGUCAAUGCCUACAGCCCAAGCCAGGUCACGGAGAUGAUCUCCCGGGCUGGCGUGCACAAGGGUCGCAUGCAUCCACUGAAAGUCUUUCUAUCUUCCGUCAGCGCCGGCUGCCUCCUUUCCUUCGCCGCCGCCUCGUGUCUUACCGCCAACACAAGUCCUUGGCUCCAAGAAAAUGCACCCGGUCCGGCCAGACUGCUCGGCGCCAUCGUCUUCCCUUAUGGCUUGGUGUUGAUCAUCCUCACCGGUGCUGACCUUUGCACCGGCACUUUCAUGUACACGACCGUCGCCGUGCUGCACCGUCGCUUGUCAACCUGGAGAAUGCUGCUUCACUGGUUCAUCACCUUCUGGGGCAACCUCGCAGGCUCGCUAUUCAUGGUCGCCAUCAUCUUCGGCUACGGCGGCGUCUUCAGCACCGAUCCCUACAAAGCCGAAGUCAUCGCCUUCACGACCAAGAAGCAAGCCACACCCGACUUCCACAUGAUCUUCCUCCGCGCCAUCGGCUGCAACUGGCUCGUGUGCCUGGGCUGCUUUUUCGCCAUGCAGGCGCGCGACCUCACCUCCAAGAUCGUCGGCAUGUGGUGGCCCAUCUUCGCCUUCGUCUCGCUCGGCUUCGACCACGUGGUCGCAAACAUGUUCUUCAUCCCCAUGGGCAUCUGGGUGGGCAACCCCUCCAUCAGCGUCGGGCUCUACAUCUGGAAAGGCAUCAUCCCCGCCCUCAUCGGAAACAUCCUCGGCGGCGCCCUCUUCUGCGGCGCGUACUACUGGUACAUGUACCUGUACGAACAGCAAGCGCCGCUCAUCGACGGGGUGCCGUACGAAGAGCAUGACGAUGUCGAAAAGGCCAUUGGGCACGAGCACGUUGAGAAUGCGAGCCGGUUGGGGAGGAAUAAGCUGAGGGAGGAAAAUGGGUCGUCGUCGCUGGAGCAGGAGGCGAGGGCGAUUAGGGAGACAGGGGCGUAG